AUGGGACGUGAUGGUUCUUCGCGUGAUGCACAGCAUGGUGCCGCAGAUGGCGGUGCACAGGGCAGACAUCAGGAUCGUCCAGCCGCACCACUCGAGGUGCGGGAUGAACAGGAUGAGGUCGACGAGAAAGGAGAGCAGGGAGAGCAAAAACGUGGGCAGGGACCACAGAAGCACGGCGAGCAGAAACUGAGAGGAGCUGGCGAAGCGUGGGUUAAACAGCAGCAGCGUCAGCGUCAUCUGGAUCAGGAGGCCGAAAACCCCAAACUUGUAGCCCUCGAACUCGCAGAGAUAGAUCGACUGCGUGAGGGGCACGGAGAGCAAUGCUAUGAGCUGAAACAAAAACGACAGCAGCAGCAGACAGGACUGAACAAUGACCAGCUUUCGCUGGAACGAUGUUUUCAACAUGUCAUAGGGGCAUAG